AUGGAUGAAUUUAAAGUAAUAUCUAGCAAGAAUACCGUUAAUAACUCAAUUGAAAUUUAUGAUCAAUUUCAAAAACAAGAGUUAUGUCUUUUGGCAACUUGCGCACAUAAUGCACCUAACGAGUCUAGCAUUAUUCUAUUUAAAUCAAAUAUUGUUGCUAGUGUUCAUUUUUGUUGUGAUAACUCAAAAUUAAAGGCAUUCAGAUUUACUUAUGAUCUUGAAUCGCUGCAAUUUGACGAGAAAUCUUUGUCAAAUCUUUUCAUUAAUUACAGUUUGAUUGAAAUCCCUUCAGCUUAUUUCACACUACGCGAAAAAUUUUCACUAGAAAUGUCAUUAUCCAAAACGAAACGUAGGACAUAUGAUGUUUCUGAUAAACUUUUAUUUACAUGUGAUGACUUGAAAUUUGUUAGUCGCUUUAAUCUUUUUAAUCAAGCUAACCCCAAUGAUAGUAAUCUGGGAUUUGCAAACAUAACUUCCAAACAUUUGAUUUUCAAAUCUCUUCAAAGUUUUACUAAGAAGGAACUUCACAUAUCGAUUUUUUGUACGCCACUCAAAUAUGAAAAAUAA